CAUUUCCUGAGAUCGGUGUUCGGUCGAGCAGUGGGAUGCGCGGCGUGGAGAGGCGCCUUGAUCUUUUCGGGGAACGUCCGCCGGCGCCCGCCGCAGGAUGAGCUUCGGGGAUGUUGGCGGUCGAGGGCCAACGAAACAUCAACAUCCCAAACAACGUACGCGAACGCGCCUCCUAGCUCCCUGCGACUCGCGCCCAGCCAGCGAUGAAGCCACCAUAGCCGCACACAAACACCGCUCAUACACGCAUCCGUCCUACACCUAUCCGUCUCACGCCGCGCCGGGCUUUCGGCGACUCCUAAGCCAUCAUGGCCUCCGGGGGUGGAAACAUCAAGGUGGUGGUGCGUUGCAGGCCCUUCAACAGUAGAGAGAAGGAGAGAAAGGCACAAUGUAUCGUGCAGAUGAAGGACAGCCAGACCGUCCUGGUCCCCCCCAAGAACAUGGACCCCAAGGCCAAGGGCGCGAAGGCCGCGACCGAGGGGCCAAAGACGUUCAACUUCGACAAGAGUUACUGGUCCUUCGAUCGCAAUGCUCCCAACUACGCCGGUCAGGAAGAUCUGUUUAGCGACCUCGGCAAGCCGCUGUUGGACAACGCUUUUCAGGGCUUCAACAACUGUAUUUUCGCCUAUGGACAGACCGGCUCGGGUAAAUCAUACUCUAUGAUGGGUUAUGGCGAAGAGCACGGUGUCAUUCCUAAGAUUUGUCAGGGCAUGUUCGAGCGCAUUGACAACAUGAAGCAAGACUCGCAUUUGAAUUGCACAAUCGAGGUCUCGUACCUGGAAAUCUACAACGAGCGCGUACGCGACUUGCUCAACCCUGCGACAAAGAGCAAUCUCAAGGUCCGAGAGCAUCCGUCGACUGGUCCCUACGUCGAAGAUUUGGCAAAGCUCGUUGUCCGCUCGUUUCAGGAAAUCGAAAACCUCAUGGACGAGGGUAACAAGGCGAGAACGGUCGCCGCGACAAACAUGAACGAGACAUCUUCCCGGUCCCACGCCGUUUUCACCUUGACGUUGACGCAGAAGCGGCACGAUGCUGAGACAAGCAUGGACUCCGAGAAAGUGGCCAAAAUCAGUUUAGUCGAUUUGGCUGGUUCAGAGCGCGCUACUUCUACAGGAGCGACUGGCGCGCGUUUGAAAGAAGGUGCAGAAAUCAACAGAUCCUUGUCCACGCUUGGACGUGUCAUUGCAGCACUGGCCGACUUGUCUACCGGAAAACUGGGGGGAAAGAAGAAGAACCCCAACAUGGUCCCGUACAGAGAUUCCAUUUUGACAUGGCUGCUGAAAGAUUCCCUGGGCGGUAACAGUAUGACGGCUAUGAUUGCAGCAAUUUCGCCCGCCGACAUCAACUUCGAAGAAACGCUAUCGACCCUCCGAUACGCGGAUUCCGCCAAGCGCAUCAAGAACCACGCCGUUGUCAACGAGGAUCCCAAUGCUCGCAUGAUCCGCGAGCUGAAAGAAGAACUUGCGCAACUCCGUUCAAAGCUUGGCGGUGGCGGCGGAGGUGGUGGCGGAGGAGGGGGCGGGGGCGGAGGCGGCGCAGGUGUUCCACCAGAAGAAAUCUAUGCCCCAGACACGCCAUUGGAGAAACAAAUCGUCUCAAUCACAUCAUCGGACGGCACAGUCAAAAAGGUCUCAAAGGCAGAGAUUGCAGAGCAGCUUAGCCAGUCUGAGAAGCUGUACGAAGAUUUGAAUCAGACGUGGGAAGAGAAGCUGCAGAAGACAGAGGAAAUCCAUAAAGAGCGGGAGGCCAAACUCGAGGAGCUGGGUAUCAGUAUCGAAAAGAAUUUUGUCGGCCUAUCCACGCCCAAGAAAAUGCCGCACCUGGUCAACCUCAGCGAUGAUCCGCUGCUGGCGGAAUGCUUGAUCUACAAUCUCAAACCCGGCACGACUUCAGUUGGCAAUGUGGAAAGCUCCUCUAGUGCAGAAAUUCGAUUGAACGGGUCGAAGAUCCAACAGGACCAUUGCACCUUCGAGAACGUUGAUGGCGUCGUAACUGUAGUGCCGAAAGACAAUGCCGGCGUCAUGGUCAACGGUGUGCGAAUCGAGGAGCCCAAGCGACUGAGGAGCGGGUACCGCAUCAUUCUUGGCGACUUCCACAUCUUCCGUUUCAAUCAUCCUGAAGAGGCGCGAGCUGAAAGGGCAGAACAGCAAGGCAGCUUAUUACGUCACUCAAUGACAACGAGCUCAGUAGGCACCCCUACGGGAACACCUUCUCGCCCCGGACAUGAGAGAAGUUGGAGCAACCUCAGCAAGGGUGAAUCAGAACCCGAUCCUGACAGCUCAAGAGGAGGGUCGCCUCUGCCUUUCGGUAGAGGCAACCGUGAAUCCGACUGGGCGUUUGCUCGACGGGAGGCCGUAUCGGCCGUGCUCGGGCCCGACCAAAAGAUCUCCAAAUUAACCGACGAGGAAUUGGAUGUGCUCUUCGAUGAUCUGCAACGGGUCCGUGCUACGCGUAAGGCUAGGCCGGAAAGUAAGCUGUUUGAAAGGGAAGACGAUGUGGAGUCCGAUGCAUCUUAUCCCGUGAGGGAAAAGUACGCGUCCAAUAGCACCAUGGAUAACUUCUCCCUGGAUACGGCUUUGACCAUUCCCUCAACCCCGCAAUUCAGCGAGGAGGGCGACCGUUUCAGGACCGCCAGGGAAGACAUGCAAUCCCAACUCGACCAACAAAAAGGAGAGUUCCAAGCCAGGCUGAAAGAUGCAGAGGAAGGCCAUGUCGACAUCGAAGAUAUCCGAGCCGAAAAAGUGAGGAUGGAAGAAUGUCUUCGCGCCGUCAAAGAAGAGAUGCAACAGCAACUCCUGCAGCAAAAAGAGGAGUAUGAAAGACACAUCUUCGACUUGGGAGGCCAUUCAGCUCUUGAGAAAGCGCAGAAGACCACACCCGUCAAGCUACCUGGUUUACCUCCAGAGGAAGUUGCAAGGGCCAAAAAGGUGUUCACGCAUUGGCGGCAACGCAGAUACGUAGCCAUGGCAGAGACGCUGCUUCAGAAUGCCGCAUUGCUGAAAGAGGCUCAGGUCAUGAGCCAGCAGAUGGACAAGCACGUUGUCUUCCAGUUCUGUGUGGUCGACGUCGGACACUCUUUCGCUUCUUCCUACGAUCUGGUGCUCAACGGCGUUCCCGGUGAGGAUGACGAAGACCUUGAAGCAACACCGAAGCCUUGCAUAGGCGUCAGGGUUGUCGACUUCAAGGAUCACAUUAUCCAUCUCUGGUCAAUCCAAAAGCUGCGAAGACGCAUCAGGGCUAUGCGUCAAAUGCAUCAAUACGUGAAUCGCCCCGAGUUGCAGCAGCAUUUCCGCCUGGAAAAUCCGUUUACGGAGUCUUGUUCGCCGGAGUACUCCCGUAUCGGUGAUGCGGAUGUGCCGCUUGCGGCAGUUUUUGAGUCUCGGGUGCAGGACUUUGCCAUAGACGUCAUCUCAUCAUACACCUCUGGAGUUGUCGGUAUUAUACGCUUGUCUUUGGAGCCGUCGUUUGCAGAAGCCCCGUCGUCUACGCUGAAGUUUAACGUGGUCAUGCACGAAAUGAUCGGAUUCCCGGAACGAGAAGGUUCGGAAGUCCAUGCUCAGCUUUUCUUUCCCGGGAUUUCGGACGAGGGCGGCGCGACGACGACUCAGCUCAUCAAAAAUUUCGACGAGGGUCCGAUCCGUUUUGAGAGCGUCCAUAGCAUGGGCCUGCCUCUCGACAGCCCCCGCACGGCAUCACUUCGCAUAUCGAUCUUUGCGAAGGUGACGACAAUGCAUUUGGACAAGUUGCUCAGCUGGGACGACAUGCGGGAUGAAGCUCCUCGUCCUAAGCUGAAGCGCAAUCACUCUCGACUACCUGAAUCUGAGUACUUCGCCGAAGAUCGUCACGAUAUCUUUACGCGAUUGCAGAUUCAGGAAAUGGCCGAGGAUGGAAACUACAAGCCAGUCGAUGUGGUACAAAACAACGCUCUCGAUAUCGGGGUCUACCAGUUGCAUCAAGGUAUCCAGCGGCGCUUCGUUGUCAAUCUUACGCACAGCUCUGGGCAAACGCUGCAGUGGCAAGACAUCUCCUCCAUACGCGUCGGUCACGUCCAACUUCUCGAUCAUAACGGCCGGACCAUCAGCUCAGACUCGCCUGAACCCAUGGUCCCAGUGAAGCUCAUGGCUACUCCAACGGUCAAGGAUAACGCUGAUGGUACAAGCAAUGUGACGUUCGUCGGACUAUGGGACACAAGUAUGCACGCAUCUUUGCUCCUAGACCGGACGACUGCCGAUCGCUACCGGGUGCAAGUGUCUCUAUGUUGGGAGGUCGCCUGCGCGAAGCUGACCAAGCCAAUGACUUUCUCGUUGGAUGUUGCAUUGCAGAUACGAUCGCGUUCCUAUAUUCGCCCGACCUCUGUCUUUAGCCAGUUCUUCGCCGCUACUCGUAUUGUGCACUCAACUGUUGGAAUGUUCUCUGUAGCCAUACGGCCUGUGUCUGCCAAGCGCGCUGUCGACCUGUGGAGAAUGAGCACCCAGCACGACUACAUUAAGGGAGAGGAGUUGCUCAGCGGGUGGACGCCGCGUGGUGUGUCACUCGUCAAGGACUUCAUCAGCACACGCAAACGACGAAGGAGAGUUGCAGAGAUUGAGACUGCGCGGACUGUGCUUAGCACUCGAGCACUGACAGUAGAUGCUGAGAUUGACACCGACGGCCCUCUCACCGGGCGGCAGAGGCAGCUUCUUCUCCGGGUCCUCGACCUCUGGAAGACCAAGAAGGAUAUUGGCGAGCUGAUCCUCGUGAAAGAAAACCUCGAGCCGCCUGAGCGUGGCGCUGCCUUUGCCACACCCCCUAACGGCGAAACGUCUCCCACUCUCAUCUCUGAGGUGCGCUAUGUGCCCAAGAAUCCUACUAUGCUGAAAGGCGGAUAUCUGUUGACGCCCGACGACACCAACACGCGAUGGGUGCGGCGCUUUGUGGAGCUACGCCGGCCGUACUUGCACAUCUACUCCGUCCCUGAAGGCGACGAGAUCAACGCCAUCAACCUCGGGAACUCUCGCAUAGACCACCAGCCACAGCUCGCUAAUCUGCUCCAGCGGCACAACAUGAAUGUCUUUGCCGUCUUUGCGCCGCAGAACACGUUUUUGUUUGCUGCAAAAAGUGAGCGUGAGAAAAUCGAGUGGAUUCUCAAGAUUGAUCAGAGUUAUUUCAGCAGCAGUGGAAGCCACACGCCUGACAGCGGAUGAUCAAUGAACUUGGAGAAUUGGAAUAACAAAAAAAUAGGAGAUGGGUGACGAAGGAAUGCAGGAUUUACGGUUUCUUUUUAUUAUUCUUUUUUUGGUCUGCUUCUUUGUCAAUGUCAAUAUUGUUUGGUUAUGAGGUGGAGCGGUAUAGUUGGAUUUUCGGUUGUUGAGUUUUAAAGGGCGUCAAAUGUUGUUCUUCUGAUACCCAAGAUUACGCGAUCUCAAAGUCUCCUUUCUUGGAUCUGCUUUCCCUACCUACCGUCACUUGUGAAUAUCUAGAUGGACAUGUAGCGCAAUGCAAGCUUGGAAUCUUUUUCUCUCUUAUGCCCUUCCGGGCUUCGACUCAUCUAUAUCCCUGGAAUUUCCC